UUUCGUGAAUUUACCGGAAUAAAUGUCUAUUCCAGAAAGUUGCUAUUUUAAAUAAAGAAAAUGUAGCUUCUUUUGGUGAAACAAAACCACCUAUUUGAUAAUUUAUCAAUAUAUUUAUAUAAUAAUUCUUCUUAUAUAUCAACUCUACUAAGAUUUAAAGAGAAUUUGAAUUUCAAAACAAUGUAAUGGGGCGCAAAAGGAAGAAGCCCUCAAAGCCUUGGUGCUGGUACUGCAAUCGAGAGUUUGUUGAUGAAAAAAUUCUCAUUCAGCAUCAAAAGGCAAAACAUUUUAGAUGCCAUUUAUGCAAGAGAAAGCUUUAUACUGGACCAGGUUUAGCAAUUCAUUGCAUGCAAGUUCAUAAACAAACUGUUGAAAAUGUUCCCAAUGCUUUGCCUACUCGAAAUAAUAUUGAAAUUGAAAUUUAUGGCAUGGAAGGCAUCCCAACAGGUGAUGUAAAGGAGCAUGAAAAAGGUGGUAGCAAGGAUGAAGAUACGGAGGAAGAUGAAAAUUCAAAUUCAGGAUCAGAGUCCAGCAACAAAAAACCAGCUACUACGUCUACUGCAACUUCAACAUCUGGUAUGAUGACUGGUAUAUCAGUGCCAGGUAUGAUGUCAGGUAUGCCAUAUGGUUCCCCUAUGCCUGGCCAUCCAGCUGUGGGCCAUAUGAGACCCAUGGCAAUGGACUUGCCAUCUACCAGCAUGAAUAAAGGAAUGCCGUCUGGUUAUAUACCAUCAGGUUAUGAUUGUAGUUUACCCAUGAUGGGAGCAAUUCCACCAACUUCAGUUAUACCACCUUCAUCUAUGUCAACUACAGUACAAGCUCCUUCUAAACCACUUUUUCCAGCUGCAGUUCCACAAGCUCCUGCAUCAUCACAAAUGACUGUAGGAACAGAUUUUAAGCCAUUAAUGACCACUGUGCAGCGACCGACCUUUCCAGCUUAUGGUGGGGGUGUUUCUCCAAGUAUGACAGGUUGUAUUACAUCAUCAACACAUGGAGCUGGACCUAUCCUUUAUGGUUCAGCUGAAAUCAUGUCUAGUCCACGAGUUACUAAUGAAGUGAAAAGACCUGCCUUUAUCAUUCCUGCAGAUAAUCCUAAUGGUAAAAUUUUACAUCCUGAUGAUGAUUUAUCUUUGGAAGAAAUAAGAGCUCAAUUGCCCAAGUAUCAAAUGUAUUUAAAUGUAAAUAGAAUGCAUAUACCUAUGAUGUUUGGGAAAAUGCCUAUGCCUGGUAGCCCUAUGAUGAUGAAUGGGAUGAUGAGACCAGGUACUAUGGCAAUGCCACCUGGAAUGACUGGAACAUCUAUAACAGGAAUGGGUAUACCAUAUUCUACACCAACAAUGUAUCCUCAUAUCCAAUCAUUGCAUUCACCUAUGAUGGGUCAAGGAGGGUCACGUCCUUAUUAAAUCAUCGUUACAAGUGCACAAAGAUAAGUGUCUAAAAGUGUUUUAUUAUACUAAGAAUUGGGAGAGGGGGGAGAGCCAUUUAUUGAGAACUUUUGUACCAGGAGGUACUUUAUCUAUGUUCAAUAUUAAGAUGAUUUCUUCAAAAAAAGAAAAACUUCUUGACAUGCUUAAAAAUAACAUGCUAUUAAUGUUUGAAUUAGAAGGACAAUGGAAUCUUCUAUAAACAUUUGAAUGCAACUCUUAACUAGACUAUUCUGUUUCACCACUUAUUUUUGCCUGUACUUUUAAGUGAUUUGUAUAUGUAAGCUUUUGUGACUAUUUAUGUAGUUGUUAUGUUCUUAAAUGAAUAGUAAAUGUAUGUUUUUCUUUUAAAAUGCAUGAAAAUUGUAUUUUUAUAGUAUUUGAAAUUUUCCAUAUAGCUGUUCUUUUGUUCCUAAUACAUCAUUCAUUUAUCAGAUUACCUCUCUCAUUUAAAUUAAAUGUAAUCCUAUAAUGUGUUAUAUUUGCCAAUUUUUCAUAAAAAUAUAAUAUGAUGAUAUUAUUUCUUUAUUUAGUUGCCUUUGCCAUUUAAAACUUGCUUAUUCUUAUAAAACUAUGACUUUCAAAUGAUACAUUAUGCUUUAAUUUUUUGUAACUCCAAAUAGGGGUUUAAAUUGGUUACAUAAUUGCUAAGCAAGUGUAUUAAUUGUAAAAAAUUUCACUUACAUACAUGCUAACAUUCUUUGUCAUGUAAUUAUUGAAGAAAAGGAGUGUUAAUAAUGAAAAAGAUUUAAUUAAAACUUUUUUUUUUGUUGCUGUAAAUAGUCAACUGUUAUAUUUCUGUGGAUUUUGCCUGUUUCGAUGAAGUUACUAUGAAAUUUAUGUAAGCCUUCAAAAUUUUAAUGGCUUAACUUUUAUUAUGGUAACACUGUACUUGAAACUAUCAAUUUCAAAUACCUUUUUUUUAUGUUACCGCACUGAUUGUUUUUAGUACAUUAAUUGAUACUAUUUGUAA